CCGCUCACCCGGCUAAAAGACAUGAGCCAGCAAGAGUACGACUACGUGUUCAAGCUCGUGCUCAUCGGCGACUCGGGUGUCGGAAAGUCUUGCCUGCUGCUGCGCUUCGCUGACGACACGUACACCGAGUCGCACAUCAGCACCAUCGGCGUGGAUUUCAAAAUCCGCACGAUCCAGCUCGAGGGCAAGACCAUCAAGCUGCAGAUUUGGGACACGGCGGGGCAGGAGCGCUUCCGCACGAUCACGAGCAGCUACUACCGCGGCGCGCACGGCAUCAUCGUGGUGUACGACACCACCGAUGCCGAGACCUUCGAGCACGUCAAGACGUGGCUGCACGAGAUCGACAGGUAUGCGUCGGAGAACGUCAACAAGCUCCUCGUUGGCAACAAGUCCGACCUGACAUCGAAGCGCAGCGUCGAGACGGAGGCGGCAAAGGAGUUUGCGCAAUCUGUCAACAUCCCCUUCCUCGAGACGUCCGCCAAGAA